CUGCUGUAGAGCUUCAACAGGAAGUUUUUAAAAGGUGAGUGUGAAGUGUGUGAAAGUCACACCUGUUAAAGUAGAAGAACCAUCUGGAAGCCAUGAAGCUCUGCUGUUUUCUGCUCCUUCUUGUUUUAGGCCUUUCUCAGGAAGAUGGCCUUUUGACCCAGGAUCCCGGGGAUCAGGAGGAGGACUCGUCUCCAAAACCAGAAGUGGGUCUCUCUGGAGAUGCUGAGCCGGCCUGUGAAGGCUAUGAAGGAAAGGGCUGUACCAAGGAGUAUGAUCCAGUCUGUGGAAGUAAUGGAAAGACAUAUGGGACAACAUGUCUUCUCUGCCAGGAGAACCAACGAGAGAAGAAAAAUGUCAGAGUGGCUGGCAAAGGGCCGUGUCGUCAAUGAGUCACAAAAAGAAGACGAGGAAAAAUGCUCCUUAGAGUCAUAGAUUGACCUCUGAUAAACCGUCUCAAUAAAACUAUUCUCUGCAGCUUAUUGUUUAAACAAUCCACAGACUUUGAUGUGAAUAAAAAACUGUUUGUGAGAAAGU